AUGAGUUUAAUAUCAGAAGAGUUAACUUUGAUCAACAAUUCUGUGAGUUGUGUAACCACCUCCUGGCACUACGUGGCAGUAACAAGCGUCAUUGCGCUGAAGUGGUCAAAUUACGUACAGGCCAUAGAAGAAGAGACAAGCCUUUUGUCCAAUCAGAGGCUACGUCCUUACGUGCAACGCGCAGGCGCUGUCAAGCAGGUAUUUCAUGUGUUCUACGUCGUGUCCGGUGGAGGUCAUAGACAUCUGCGUAAUUCUGAGGUGAGUUAAAGAUUUUGUGAUUAAGUGACACGGGAGAUGCCUUAUUUUACAAAUAAGCACGUGUGUGGUGACUAUUCAACAUAAAAUGAGACAUAUGAGGUUGUUUAUGUCUGUUUGUGACGGUUAAUGAAGAGAGUUUGAUGGGGUGAGCACGAGCAGCCUGUUUGCAUGUUUCCACGGCUAACAUGCCUGUUCUUACCCGGCGUGCCGUUUCGUUAUCCACACACACGCAAUAAUGUGUUUUAACAUGUUUUACGCAGGAUUUUACUCUCGGGCACCAAAACAGUCCAACUUUAGUUGAUCGAGCUCGACAGCUGCCUCAGUCUGUGAAGCUAAUGUUAGCUAGGGUGCUACCUUAGUUCAGCCCCACAGCCUUGGCAUCUCAGCUUAAGGCCAAUGCCAUUUAUUACUGGGUGGAAGGAUUAAGACUUUCUAAGUACCGUCAAUAACAUUCAAAUGGUCUCCUUGUGUAGGAUUAAUCUCGAUAAUGUCAUCUAAUUGUAUGAACCUGUUUACUGCCCGUAGAUUGCUGUCAUGGCCAAGCUGUUUGAGUCUAUUGGAAAGUUGGGAUUGGCCCUGGCCAUAGGUGGAGGUGUUGUUAAUUCUGCACUUUUCAACGGUAAGUUCUGUUUCAGUGAAAACCGAACAUCACAUUACUUACAGAAGACUAAAGUAAUCCCUGACCUUGAAUCCCUGAAUUGAACUCUGCAGCUGAAGACUUCUGAGCAUCACAGAGUCACACCUAAAAAAACAUCUGCCAGCCUACUGGGCUACUAAACGUUAUUUUUGUCACAGCCAUCCCAAGACACAUCACUGUGAUUUAUCGUCAUCACAUUCAGUGGCAGCAUAUUCUAAACAGUACCAUGUGUUUGAAAUGAAUACUGUAUCUGAGAGCAGCUUAACAGAGCACACGCAGGAAAACAAAAAGUAAAUAGAUGUAGGACUUAGAAUUACAUUGGCAGCCUAAGGGAGAAUUCAACCAACAGAAAACAAAUAAUGACCACAUAAAUAUAAAACAUUUAGAAAUACUUAAUAAUGAUGAAGGCAUGAUAAAUUGUAAGCAACUUUAGCAGACAUAAAGAAAUUAAAGUUAAUUGGCCAAUGAAACAAAGUCAAUGCAUCAGAGACAAUGUGAUGUGCUUUGAUUUCCAUGUUUGUUCAGUUAUUUUAAUAUCAUUGUACUAACUGACACAUUUACUACUCUCUGCUAAUCACAUGCAUUACUGCACUUAUCAAUAUUAUUUUGGGAAACUGUAAGCAUAUGCUGAUGUCUUGUUCUUUUUAUAAAAUACAGUGUGUUUCAUAUCACUGAGUCUGAAAUUGUCAAACCAUACAUUUCUUUUCUAAUAUGUGUAGAAUAAACCCAAUCACUUCUUUUGAAGCACUCUGCUAUUCUGGAUCAAAUUCACUUUGUUAAACAAGUUAGGGAUAUCUGGAAAACAAUGCCUGUGGUUAAAAACUUUACAGACCUCUGACACAAGACUAACUCUCCUCUUUGCUACAGUUGAUGCAGGGCACCGGGCUGUGAUAUUUGACCGCUUUAGAGGAGUGCAAGAUGCAGUUGUUGGCGAAGGAACCCACUUUCUCAUUCCCUGGGUUCAGAAACCUAUCAUCUUUGAUUGCCGCUCCCGUCCACGCAAUGUGCCUGUCAUCACAGGCAGUAAAGGUAUUUCAGUUAUCUCUAUGAAGUGCUAUGAUGCUGCUGUCACUCUGGGUCAUACAUAAUCUGUGUCUCUUCUCUUAAAGGGAAAUUUAAUAUAUUCCCUGUCAGUGCAACUAAUCUUUUAGGAACUUUGUAAUUAUGUGGAGAACAUAAGUAGACAUGGUUUACAUCCAAGCAUAUUUAUGCUGUAUGACGGGUUUUUUUAUAUCCACAAUCUGAACAAAUACCACAUAGGAAAUGAGAUUUCUCUACAGAGAGAAGACACUGGUGAAAGUUAUAACUGCUACCUAUACUUAAAGGUGUAGAGAAUAUAUGUUGUAAAAUUUUAAAUUUUUUUUUCAUUCCUUCUGCAGAUCUGCAGAAUGUAAACAUCACAUUGCGUAUCCUCUUCCGGCCGGUGACCGGCCAGCUGCCACGCAUCUUCACCAGUAUUGGUGAAGACUACGAUGAAAGGGUGUUGCCAUCCAUCACCACAGAGGUGCUCAAGUCCGUAGUGGUGAGUGUCAUUUGAUUGGAGGGAAGAUAAAUAAGUGAUAAUGAGUUGACCGAUUCAUUUACCAUGCCGUGUGUCUCUCUCUUCUCUCUAGGCUCGUUUUGAUGCUGGUGAGCUCAUCACCCAGAGGGAACUUGUAUCUCGGCAGGUUAGUGAGGACCUCACAGAGAGAGCCUCCACCUUCGGCCUCAUUUUAGAUGAUGUUUCGCUGGUAUGUAUUUUCUUGAAAAUUUUCAGCAUUGACCACGCUGUCUUUUCAGAAAGAUAUGAACUUUUAAUAACAAUGUUUUCCCUUUUAUGCUUGCAGACACAUUUGACAUUUGGAAAGGAGUUCACAGAAGCUGUUGAGAUGAAGCAGGUGGCCCAGCAGGAGGCUGAGAGAGCCCGCUUUGUCGUAGAAAAGGUAUUUCUCCCACAUAGGUUGUCCAGAUUAACGCCUUCCGAGGUCUUUGAUAAAAUUACAAGUAGAAGACUGUGUGAAGUCAUGCAGCUUAAAUAAUCUUUUGUGCUUUUAGGCAGAGCAACAGAAACAAGCAGCGAUCAUCUCAGCAGAGGGUGAUUCUCAGGCUGCCUUACUCAUUGCCAACUCCCUGAUGGAAGCUGGAGAUGGUCUGGUCGAGCUUCGUAAACUGGAGGCAGCUGAGGAUAUUGCUUUCCAGCUCUCGCGCUCCCGUAACGUCACUUACCUGCCCUCAGGACAGGGCACAUUGCUACAGUUGCCACAGUGAUAAGAUCUCACCUUAUGUCCAUUCUGCUCUUGCUGUCUCCUGCCUUCGCAUGGGCCAUGGAAGGGGUGGUUGGAGUUAAUAUAGGACUUCUAACUUAACACACAUUCCUUCCACUCUUUCUCGUCCCAUCUGUGGACUGGGCUCCUCUAACAGCAGCAUGGUGGGAGACGAAGAGAUUUAUGAAGUCCACUAAUGUGCAAAGAAGUGGAAGGCAACACAUACACAUAUAUAGCUCUUUGUUUUGGAAUUAAUUGAAGAUGCAGUAAAUUCUCUUAAGAUAUGUCUUUGCCAUGUUGUUUAAGAUUCACAGCAGUGCAUGUAAUGAAAGCAAGAUUUAGUUUUCAUUAUCCAAGGAAAGUCAAGGAAUUCCUUCAAGAGAGAAGAGGAUCAAUUGCUUAUAAUAACUGUCAUUACUCAGCUUUGAUUAUUGGCUCAAACAGUUUCACCAAAUUGUAUCACCUAUAUUCAAUCCGGAAUGAUAUGCUCUCUGAAGUAUUUAAUGACAUAAUUGAGAAGAAGUGGUUGGUUCUUUGACUGUGCUCUGAAGGGAAAGAAAGUUUAAAUUAAUUGAAAAUCUGCUUUAUAGCUAAGAAGUUCCUCUUUCUCUAUUACCACCCCUGAUUGGUAGGAAUGUGCCUGUCAGAUAGUAGAGGAUGUUCCUUCAUUCUUUACAGUUGUUCGCUGUGUCUUUAGUGUCUGUGUGGAGCAAAUGUAUGCCCCAUGUUUCGGAAAUGGCUGAACUUCAAUUAAAAAAAAUCAUCUUUCUAAUUC